GAGUUUUAGUGUUCGCGCAAAAUCACAUAUGAAAUGAUUUUCUGUUUACCAAAUGUUGAUUACAGCUUGAAUUUGUUUAAUUUUCAUCAUUAAAAUCUUUAUAAUUGUGAUUACCGUCCAUAAUUAACAGAGAAAACUCCAGUAAUUCAAUUUUUGGGUUGAUUUUUACCCAAGUUUACUUCUUUUGUGCCCUUCAUACCAAUAACCUGUUGACUCAGUUUCCUUUUUUUACCGGUUUAUCGACUUACCAGUUUCAUGAUUUGCUUUGCAUUUUCUCUCUUCUAGUGAUUCAAUUUAAAGUAAAUAGAUAUUUUGUGUUCUAUUAAUCAAUCAUCAUUGACUAAAUCAAUAGCUACAAUUGUGUUUUAAUUAAGUAUCUGACUCUAAAAUAGUCAUCAAAUUAAAAGAAUCAAAAAUGUCUUCUAAUGUUCGAAUCACCCAAACUACAACAACUACAACAACAGCCUCUAUUUUGGUUAUCAACACUGGUUACCUAAAAACAAAAUUUGGUCUUCUUAAGUCUCUUAUUUUUGUCUUAACAUUGAUUUCGUUCAUUUUGAUGUCUGUAAGACAUCGUAAUUUAAUUAGUUACAAUGAUUUCUUAUUUCUUUACCUGAUCAAUUGGUGCCACUUGUAUGCCAUUUUCCUAAUGCUGUUAACUUGCCUAUUCUCAUUAAGUACUGCUUCACUGAUGCCUAAAAUGACUUUUGACUUUGUUUUCCAUUUUACUGCAACAAUACUCUUCCUUUUGGCCGGCCUUUGGUCAAUCUCAAUCGCAAUUGAUUCAUACUAUGCAACAUACAAAACUGCUUCGGUACUUGCGUUCAUUAUUGCUCUUCUUCAUGCUCUUCAUGGUUACUUUUCCUACGCAACUUGCAAACUUCACUAAAGGCGGUAAACAGCUUCACGUAAAUUAAAAGAUCUGACAUUAUACUCCAACUUGAUUAAGACAACAAUCAACUUUAAAAAAAUCAUGUCUGUCAAUCAUCAUUGAACUUUCUUGCAUAUUUGAGCUUUUUUUCUUGGCUACAAUCAACGACUUUCACCGAAACUCAUCUUAAUAAAUUUAACCUGUUUCUUUGUAAAAACGCUUUUAUGCUCGAAAUAAAAUUAUCGGACAAUUAUACAUAUUUCAA